AUGGGAAUUAGUACUGUUCCAAAAGGCAUGCCACACAAAUACUACCAUGACAUGACUGAGAGAGUCUACAGUGUCACCCGGCAUGCUGUUGGUAUUGUUGUCAACAAACAAGUUAAGGGCCAGAUUCUUGCCAAGAAGAUUAAUGUUCAUAUUGAGCAUAUUGAGCACUCUAAGAGCCAAGAUAGCGUCCUAAAACACAUGAAGGAAAAUGAUCAGAAAAAGAAGAAACCCGAAGGGAAGGUGGCAGUCUCUGUGGAUUGGGAGUUGCAAAAGGCCUUCAUAGAGCUUCAAGCCAAAGUUAUCAACACUCAACAAAAGGUGAAGCUUGCAAACAUAGUGAACAGCUGAACAGAAUGGAAAAAGCACGCACAUCUUGUAGAUAGUAACAUGUAUGAAGGUGUAGGAAGAAUGUUUCUUCUCCAGUCCAAGGAGGUAACCCACAAUCAGCUGUUAGAGAAACAGAGACUAGCAGAAGAAAAAAGUAAACUAAAGCAGAAAAAAUCCUACCUGGAGCGAAGCAUUAAGGAAGCCAAGGACAACAUCUGGGAGAUUCCGAUGGCACAAAGGGCCCAAGAGGGAGCCUCCAGGGGAAGCUCUUCCUCCCGACCCCUGCCCGGACAUUUUAUCUGGAUGGCCUAG